AAGAAGACCGAGUACGAGAACAAACUAGAGUCAGUGCGGAGAGAGAUGCAGGUGGAGCACGAACGCGAACUCGCGCGCGUACGCGAGAGUCACGCGCGUGGAAACGCGAUACACGAGAAGGAUAAGGAAAGGAAAUUGGACAUAAAGGUAGAGUCAGUGCGGAGAGAAAUGCAGGCAGAGAACGAACCCGAACUCGCGCGCGUACGCGAGAGCCACUCGCGUGAAAACGCGACACACGUGAAGAAUGAGGAAAGGAAAUUGGACACAGAGGAAGGGCAAGUGACAGUACCUCAGUCGCCAGGCGAAGACAAGAAGCUGGUCGUUCAGGUUGAGAAACUACCGUCGGAUGUGAAGACUAAAGUUCAGCCACUCAAGAAGACUGGAGAGAUGAAGACUGAAGGAAUUGAAGAGCCGGCAAGUACCGGGCCCAUGAGACGCCUCGCCAAGCGCAGACCUGCCAAGAACCGCACUUCAGACGAGUCCACCACUUCCGAGGAUAGCUCUACUCAGGAUCGCAUUGAGAUAGACGUUACUCCCAUCAUGGGACGUAGACGAACUCGCGCCGCCACAAAGGGCUCAAGAAAACGCCGAAGUAGCAGCGAGCUCUCCCUUGCCGAGAUCAAAGCGCAGUUGUCCGCCGCCAAGUGCCGUAGGAUGGACACAGAUGACGAGACUCCUGGGUCUGUCUCCCGCUCUGUUCGAACCCGCUCCACCGCGGGUAGGACGAGCUCUGUGGUCAAAUCACGACCGAGUACAGCACGAAAAACAUCCACGCUCGUCACGCCUGGCAAGCCUCCCCUCCCUCUAACUCCAAAGAAUGAGAGCAGCUCUUUAAGUCUUGCAGAGCACCAGUCCGCGAAGAAGAAGAAGAAAGGUUUCUUCGGCAAGCUUUUCGACUCCGCCGGCGGCGAAAACUCCCCUCCCCGAGUUCCGCCAUCAGGGAAGAAGAGAAAGCUUCUAAAGAAAGACAUAUCCGGUCCCAUGGACACAUUCUCCCCGACGCCCGUCAGAGGCUCAGUCAGCGAGGCGAGCAAAGAUGACCCUGCUAGACGAUUAAUCACUCGACAAUUGCGCUCAAGAAAAUAAUAAGAGAAAUCAGCAUAUAAGUGAGGUGUCCUUUUAUAAUUUACAAAAAAAGUCUGGAUUAUUUUAAUCGGAACUUUUCCAAACAAUCGUAAUAGCUGAUAAUAUAGUUGCAACUAUAACGCUAUUUGAAACCCACUACCAUCAGUUCACAGAAAAUGUCUGGAUCUUUUUGAUUGGGAAUUUUCCAAACAAUCAUGAUAGCUGUUAAUAUAGUUACAACUAUAACGGGUCUGAUUGUUUAAGAUAGUGUUCUGGGGAAUACAUCUUCACCAGCGGAAAAUAAUAGAAAACGCUAUUUUUAAAAAGAGGAAGGGGGGGUUAGUUAGCAAACUAGAUUAUAUGUUGUUGUUGUUUGCAUAUUUGUAAGACAUUUGAAAUAUGUUUUCGUGAACCCAAAAGAAUGUGUUGUGUCAUUGGGGAACAAAAACAAGUUGUUAAUACGUUCCUUGUCACCGUGCUGAACUUUAUAGAAAAGAAACAUCGUUUAGAUGAAUCAGGAAUGUAUUGUAAAUACAAAGUUGAAAAUUGGAAAAUAAAUGUAGAGAAAUAUACUGUUGUAGCGGUUUUGAUAAGCAGUAUAAUGAAAUGAGUUAUUCAUUUU